GUGAUCUCCCAUUUAAAUUAAAGGACACUAUUAUGUCUGAUUUGCGAUUACUUACAUUGUUGGAGUGUGGGCUUCCAUCAUGGGUCAUCUUCCUACAGUCCUAUCCUGGGCUUUGCCAUAUCUAUCGUCCGUGGAUGUGCCCCUUAGCAAGAUUCUUAUAUGUUCUUAUUUCUGUCAUUACUGUUCUAAUAGGAUUUUAUGAUCUGUACAAAAAUGUACCUCUCAUCAAAUCAGCAGCUUCUCAUGUGUUUGGACCUUUUUUUGAUUGGAUAGAAACAUGGGAAAUGAUAUCAAGAAUUAGAUACUUGGGGACAAUGUUGUUUCUCCACAAUUUUGAGAAGGCCUUUAAGUGGUUUCUCUCAAUGACGCGUACUGUUCAGUCUUUUCUAUCAAUUCUCACACAACCAUUUACAGGACCAUUUUCUGAGUUUUUGGAAUUCUUCCUUCCGUUUUGGAACUUGUGUGAUCAAGCGGCGGAUAGUUUAUUUUCAAUGAUAUGGGACAUGCUUAUUGUACCCUAUUCGCUUGGUCAUGGGGUGCUAUAGUCUUAGUGCCGGUGUAUGCUCUUUCAUGCAUGAAGUGAUUGUAGACUUAUGGAUGUUUUCAAGUAGUAUUCUCAGACUCACUUCAGAGGUUGAGUCCACGGUGGCCUCAGCUGAGGUUUCCGCAUGGCGUUCCCUUUGGAAUGACCUUUUCUCCCAGAUUUUUCGUGCUCUUCGAAGCAUUCUCAAUGGUGUUGUUGCCUUCCUCAUGGCCUGCAACCGGCAUCGCUUAAGCAUUUAUAAUCAUACAAAAGAGUUAAUUAAAAAAUUAUCUCAAUCCAGUGAGACAAGCCAGCUGACAGUUUACAGUGGACAUGUAUCAACAACACAAACGUUGGAAGAUAAGCAUGUUCAGUAUCAGCACCUAAGAGAAAGUUUAGAGUCACAGAAGUUAUUGUAAAAAACAGCAACAAUCUUUAGAGCAGGGGCGAUCCAGAAAUCCAAAUUGGACUAUGCGGAAGAUUUGUUAUACCACACUUAAACAUUACUGAGGUAGGCUAAAUAUUAAAAAUGAAAAAUAUUACUAAAAGAUUUUGCAAAAACUAACUCAUCCUAUGCUUCAACCAACCAUAGCAUUAAAGUAAAACCUCGCCUGCUUUAGAGUAUACUAAUGGUCAUAGCCAUAGCCAGGCCAGCAAGUUAGGUACUAGCCGUGAGUUCCCACAAUUGUUGAAGUCCACAACGGUGAAACCUUUUUCACAAACAUUGGCUGCUCACUUUGACAACAUUCCAACUUUUUUGUUUCUUAUUUUAGUUUGCAUAUAUUGGUUAUUGUAGUUGGACAGAAAGUCUGGAACAUAUGUAAAUGAUGUACAUAUAUUGCCUUGACUAUUUGUAAUUUGUAAAUGAUAGUCAUUUUUUUGGGGUUA